AUUUCAAAUUCUACAAUAUUCAUUUAAACUCUUGCGAGGUCGAAAAGUAAAUAAUUCUUAGUGGUAGUGACUCGAAGGUGAAAAUUUGCUUAAAAAAAUAAAAAAUCCGUAGUGUGAGAUGGCCUCUUUGAUCACUGUGCGUCUCAGCAAGGGCGACUCCCCCAGCUUGGGCUUCCGGCUACAGGGAGGAAAAGAUUUUGGCACACCAUUGGUGAUUCAAAAGGUGAACAUUGGCUCUCCUGCAGAGCGAGCUGGAUUGUUAGCUGGCGAUUCCGUCAUCAAGGUUAACAAUACAGAUGUUUUUAAUCUGAGACACAAAGAUGCCCAGGAUGUGAUUAUCAGAGCCGGACCUGCAUUCGAGCUUACAGUUCAAAGGGGAGGAUCAGUGUGGAAACCUUCAGUUAUUCCUACAGGAACGAUACAUACAGCAUCACCGACUAGUCCUAUCACUAAAACUUCUUUGGUCGCAAAUAAGAAAGAGAACAUUGGAAGCAUUGGAACUGGACAUAACUUAUCAGCUAAACCCUUCAGUGCACAGUUAAACGGUGCUGUGAAUGGUGGACCAAAGCUAGUCAAUAAUCAAUACAAUUCUCCUUUGAAACUGUAUUCUGAAGAAAGUAUAGCUGAAACUUUAUCUGCACAGACUGAAGUUUUGUCAACCGGGGCCUUAGGAGUUAAUUUUAAGAAAAACGAAAAAAACUAUGACGCCACUAACAGCGCUGUUUAUCGCAUGCUCCAAGAAGCAGAAAAGGAACCAAAAACACCAGAAGCAGUAAGUCCUCGUUCCGAUUUUUACGCAACUCACAGCCACGCUGUUGGUGGUCGGCAAGUGACAUCACCGAGAUCUAAUACCCCAGACGACCACAGUCGGCUAAGCAGUCGAUUGGGGGAUUACCCAAAUACUAUCCCUAGUCAGGAAGGAGUCACUAAGUGUACCGAAUGCGAAAGGGUCAUCGUUGGAGUCUUUGUGCGUAUCAAGGAUAAAAAUUUGCACGUUGAGUGCUUCAAGUGCUCUACUUGUGGAACUUCAUUGAAGAAUGUUGGUUACUACAAUAUCAACAACAAAUUGUACUGUGACGUCCACGCUAAGCUAGCUGCAAGGAGCAACCCACCAGCUCCUAACUUAGUACCAAUAACAGUACCACCUGGUGGUAAGGCACCCGCUAGUGCAAUUUCGACAGCUCUAGCCACCCAUUCGCUACCAUCACCAUCACCGCUCUCUCCAAAGACAAAUUUAGCUCAACCUUUUCAGCUUUCACAAGACAAGGAAACGAACCUUAUUUCUACGCCUUUACAAAACCUAAACAUUAAUUCCGAUUUUAACAGCCCUAAUAAACCAAAUAAUCAUUUGUUAAGCAGUGCGACCCCGCUUUCAUACUCAAAAUAUUUAAAUAAGGCUGGAAAUUAUUCAACUACUCCCAAACCUUUCUCAAGCGUUAGUGCACCAACUACAAAUCAAAGUUUCAACACUUUACCAAAAACUGCUCCAUUAUCUCCUGUUGCUUCAGGUCCAGCUCCAGCUUCUUACAGUCCGGUUUCAUCAACUGGCCGUAGUGUUCAAAGUAUUGUGUGGCCGCCUCAGCCAGAAGAACCCGAAGUUCCCACAGCUUGUCCUCUUUAUGUUCCUCCGGAAACCCACCUCAGAGUAAUUCCCAAACCCCAUAAAUGCGAAGAUUGCGAAUAUUCCGAUGCGACCUCAGACACUAAAGACUCCGAACUUGAGGAAAUCAACAUAAUGGCACAGUUUCAAGAACCCAAAUUGUCACUUUGUUCCGAGGAAGUUUCUGGAAUAACUUCUGGAAGAAGUGCUGUUGAGUGUGUUGAAACUAUAACUGAAACUUUAGAGACUCAAAGACUAGUUGAAAGUGUUUUAAAAAAUAGACCUCGGUCUCCGCCGCCUUUAGACAAAGAUAUUGUUAUUCCAGAAGUUAAGAAACCUUCCGAAAGUAUUCCUUGUGUAGAUUGUUCCCAAUCUAAUAUUUGUUUAAAUAAAGAAACUUGCGAAUUAAAACGGUUAUCUGAGUUUAAACCAAACACAGUUGAAUGUAAGUUGAAAAGUCAGGUUGAUAAUGCUGUACCCCAACAGUGGGAGUCUCCAAUGGUACAAGCUCUUAGGACAGUUCCAGAAGGAGACCCUUUUAAACAAAUACCUAAAAAACAUUCAUCGAGUGCUUUGGCAUCUGCUCUAGCUAUAGCUCCUGCUGAACCUUUCACUGCACAAAUGUCAACUCAUUUAGAACCAGUGCCAUUGCCUGAAGAAACGGUUCCGUAUUUUCCACCUGAACACCCUAUUUUAGUUGAACCAAAAGAACCAAAACCUGAAAAACCUGAAAGUAAAUUUGUCAAGGCUUUACAGACAGCUCCUGAACGACCUUUCUCACCUGUGGGGGCAGCACCUGUUAAGAAAAAGAAAAAUCCAACAGAUGAGUUUUUUAAAGAUCUCCCAAAACCUCAAAGUAAACUAUCAAUGAGAGAAGCAUUAACUACAGCCUCUGACAGACCCUAUACUCCACUCUUUAUGGAAAAUGUAAAAAUAAACGAAUCAUGUUUGAAAGAAAGUAAAGUCGAGCGACAAAAUUUGCAAAAACCUUUAAAACCUUCUGUUUUGCCAUCGUCAUUUCAAAAACCUUUAGUUGAAGAGAAACCGAGAGUUCCAAAGCCUUUUCCAGUUAAAAUCUGUGAGAAAAAAGAAGAACGGGAAGAAGAAAAACAAACAGAUGUAAAAAAAUCAACUACUAUAGAAAAACACCAGACCCAUUCUACUACGGAAGAAUCAAUUGAAAAUGUUGAUGAGAACCCACAACAAGGAAUGUACCCACUUUUCAAAGGUUUUAGUUGUUCAUUUGAGAAUAAAUCUGAACACUCACAAUUUAAAAUUGAAAUAUCUACAACUCCUCCCAUAAUAAACACCGAGCGGUCACAAACGCCCAGUGUCAAAAUUUCACGUACGGGUGAAAGCAGUGAAAGCAUUACUGAAACAGUCACGGAAGAAUCCAAAACACGUGAAAAACUCAAACAAGAAACUAAAGAAAAAACUAUAGAGAAAAAAGCGGAACAAAUUGUUCUCAAGAAACCGUUACCAUUGGCAGGAACUUUACACAAACCGGAAGCUUUACCCCAGUACCAAGUAAAUCUCUCUGAAAGUCUCGAAGCUGAUCUUCAAAUGAUGCAAAAAGUUGAAACUUCAAAAGCCCGUCAUGAGCAACAAAAAAUUGUUUCAGCUCCAUCUAAACCUCCACGAGAAAUUCAUACAAAGCCGGUAAUUACAAUACAACCUGGAGAAACACAACCUCAUCAACCAGAACAAUCGUUUAAACCUGUCCGUGAUGACAGGGCUCCAUGUACAACAUUUUCGCCACGGCCGAGACCUAUUACUCCAAGUAUGAUUAACAAACUUCCUCCGACAAUUCCAUACUAUCAAGCGAAUUUAGUUGCUCAACAACAUAAAGCUGCAGAAGUUAAUUUGUUGAAUCCCACAAGCCCGGCAAUUUCUCGAUCACCAAGUCCAUGUCCGGAACGAAGAAGAAGUCCUUCCCCAUUUCGUGCUGCUGCAACCGCAGCUGCAGCUGCAAUUAGAGCUAAAUCACCAGCAGCUGGACCUCCUCCGAAUCCGUUAAAAUCAAACAAACCUUUACCGACGCCUAGAGACACCAAAUUAGAAGAAGCCAAAAAAAGUGUUGCUAGUUAUAUACCACAGUAUCAAAGUAAAAUCGAUGUUGUGGAAAAGUCACAAGUUGACCCUCAAAUGUAUUCUGCGUAUUCCGAAACGCAUAAUAUUGCCGGACAAAAGGUGCAAAGUGUAAUGAGUGGUCAAAGUGUCGAAGUAGAUUUGGCUCAAAAGUCUAUGAUGAGAGAAAAUAGACAAAUUGAAGACGCCAUGAGGACACAAGUAAUGACACAACAAUUUGCCCAAGGAAGUGCUUCAACAGCUGUUAGAGAACAAUCGCAUUCAGAUUAUUUGGAACAAAUGAAAAGGUCUGAAGCUCAAAGUGUUGAAAUGUUAUCAGGUGGACAAGUUCAAGUUCAAAGAAAAAAAACCGUGACUGAAGAAUUCGAACAUUCACAGAAAUCGAAAACUGUAGAAAUUGAACAUAAUGUUUCAACCACAAAAUCACAUCCUUUCAGAGAUGUAAAAAAUCCUCAAAUUGAGGGACAAGGCAUAGUUGGGUUGCACGUGACCAACCCACAACCUCUUUCUUCUCCUUUUUUGAAACAAACUCCACAACAGUGUCCUAAAUUAUGUCCUUCAUCCUCUCAACAAUGCCCAGCUACUAGACCAUGUCAACAGUUUCAGAAACCACCUGUCAAGCAGGUCCCCGCUCCCUCCAUCACAUCUCCGAUCAAACACGUUUCCGCCCCUUCGGGUUCAGCGCAAAAACCUAGUGUAAAUAAAUCCAAUAUUCCCGUACCCCGUGCAGGUUCAGGUUCAGGUGGUGGUCGUCAAGCUGGAGCUAUUGGUGUAGCCCCAAAACGCGGCCGUGGUGUUCUAAACACUGCAGCCCUUGGUGGAACCCGAAUCGCACUUUGCGCAUCUUGCCAUUCGCAGAUCAGAGGUCCAUUUAUUACCGCUCUUGGUAAGAUUUGGUGCCCGGAGCACUUCAUUUGUGCGACCCCGUCAUGCAGACGUCCUCUACAAGACCUUGGUUUCGUAGAAGAACAAGGCCAGUUGUAUUGUGAAUAUUGUUUCGAGCAAUAUUUGGCCCCACCAUGCGCCAAAUGCGGCUCAAAAAUCAAAGGGGAUUGUCUCAAAGCUAUUGGGAAGAACUUCCACCCAGAAUGCUUUAACUGCGUCUACUGUGGAAAACUGUUUGGCAAUUCUCCGUUCUUCCUUGAGGAUGGCAAUCCCUAUUGCGAAGCUGAUUGGAACGAGCUUUUUACCACGAAAUGCUUUGCUUGCGGCUUCCCAGUCGAAGCAGGUGAUCGUUGGGUAGAAGCUUUAAAUAAUAACUAUCAUAGCCAAUGCUUCAACUGCACGAUGUGCAAAAAGAAUUUAGAAGGCCAAAGCUUCUUUGCUAAAGGUGGCCGUCCCUUCUGUAAGAAUCAUGCCCGUUAAAUGUUAUUGUUGUUACCAUAUUUAUUUGUGCUUUUUCUUCGACAUAAAUGUAUAAGCAUCUACUUAAACUGUUGACCCUCUUCAAAAUGACUUACCAAAAGAUAUGCUAGUAUACAUUUUCUGUAUAUUGGUUAUUGUUAAUAGUGCUAGUCUAAUGUUACGCAAAUAUACUUGUAGAUAAUGUUAUAUAAUAAUGUAUUUUAUUGUAAGUGCCAUUGAAGUUGUAAUAAAUAGAUGGACUGUUUUUUGGCAAAAUAUCUAUAAAUAAAUAUCUUAGAUGUA